UGUAUAUGUGUUUAGAUUUCAGUACGUAUUCGUUUAAUGACGAGACAUACCUCUGUAAACACACAUACCAGUGUAUCGGAGAAAGGUCUACUUUAGGGAAAAGGGUUAACUGUUGGGAAUAUUUGCUGUCUAAGCAACUGUUUUUCAUACCCAUGCUCAAGCUCAUACACAGUUUCCAGAAGAAACGACUGGAUGUCUUAACAUAGACGAACUUUGUAACUUCUGUCCUUUGACAACCAAUAUUUCUACUUUCUUAGUCGACAAAGUCAAAACGAUAACGACAAAUACCCUCAACAGCUCUAGUUCGAAAGGAAUAAAGAUUAUUCAAGCAUGCCCAUCCAUACAUGCCGGUGCUUCAAGGUGUAUAGUGUUUUAUGAUGGAACUUUUUGUUUCAUUUUUCAUCUCACGCCUCUGCUAUAGCCAUAGGUUUUUUUUAUCGCGAAGCGACUCCACGACCUCGCGACAAAUGCUUACACAAAACACGAAAAAAUGGUUUACGCCUCUCAAAGACCUUCUACUCCAAACAGAGUUCGCCGGAGGUAUUAAAAGCUACGGAAGUAACCAGUCAUUCGAUAUUUUGCGGGGGAGUCCAAAGCAUCUGUUUGUGGUUGGCAAUGGCGAUUCGAUUCUUGCGUUAGCCUGUUAGUUUUUAACAACCUCAGUGGAAGGAUAGAGAUCUUUACUGUUUGAAAAAAGUGUUAUAACUACUUAUGUCACAGCUACCACAUCAGAUAUAAUUUUUAGUCAAGCAACAAAGUAGAGAGCAGAGAGAUUAAAAAAACGAACCGAAAUACGCCCAGAAGUGCAUCAGUGAACCAGUGGUGUCCAUUUCGCGAAUAGUGCUCAGCAGUCUAUCAUCAGUGUGCAUCAACAGCAUCACGAAUCAGAAUUAGAAACGCAUAACAGUGAAAACGUAUUGUGAAGGCCGUUUCCUUCAAUCCCAACCCGUGAGCGAUCAUCAUGUACCGACCGAAUUUCUAUGAAUCAACGUGCCUCAGGUGCAAUGAAAUCGUUUACCAGGUGGAUAGAGUGGGUCCACUAAAAGAUUUUACUUUCUUCCACUCCGGUUGCUUCAAAUGUAAACGGUGCGGAACCAAACUGACGCUGAAAACCUACUACAACAACCAGCACAAUCAGGAUGAUAAAGAGGUUUACUGCUGCUCACACGUACCGAAAAGUGGUCCAGGACAUUUCGACCAAACCUCGGUCGGCAUCCGGCAGGCCCUCAAUGUCCCAAAAAGCACAAACUAUGUAAACGAGCAAAUCCGCGGCCACCGGAACGAUGGAGUUGAUGGUGCACCACGAUUGGGAACACCGAAUGGAUUCAACAACGGUGGAAGAGAGGGCAACACACCACCGCAAAAUGAUCCGGAUUACAAGUACGGCCGAUUCGAUGCGAGUGCACUGCACAUAGCGCACGCACUGAAGCAGACAGAAAUACAGAAAGCCUAUGAUAAAGCACGCGAAAAACCAAUCGAUUACUACCUGGCACGCGAUGAGCAGGCAAAGCUGGAAAUGAAACACCGGAAGGAAGAGGACGAUCUUUAUCGAAAAUUUGCCAGGAAAAGAGAAGAGGAAGAUCGACGUAUGCAAAGCGAAAUUCAGGAUGAAUGGGAACGAGAACUGCAACGGUUGGCACACAAGUUUGAGAAGGAGUUAACCACCAUUCGCAGGUCGCGCGAAGAUCAAAAUAUGCUUACCCUGAAGCAUGAACAGCAAAAGGAAGAUCUGGAAAAGAACAUGACCAUCAGAAAAACGAAAAAAAAGGAAAGCCUAACGAGAAAGCUGCUUGAACACGAACGCUCCGAGACCGCGGCGCUGGUGGACAGGCAGUCGACUGAGAUGCUGGAGCUGAUUAGUGUUCGCCGGAGUGAAUACAUGCAAAGCGAAAGUAUAUUCCUGGACGAUGAUAUUAACGAAACCGUUAUGGCGAUGGAAUAUCCCCUCGUUGCACCAAAGCCUGCCCCUCCUGCGCUAAGCAAAUUUCAGGUGUACAACGAUCCCGUCGAGUUCCAAGAUGUCGACCAGAUAGCCAUCACCGUGGCACAGGAAGACCAGAAAACCUUUACCGACCUUGUGCGACAACUAGUCGGUCGGUGCACGUCGGACAUCGAAAAGGCGCGUACCAUCUUCCGGUGGAUCACGGUCAAGAACUUGAAUACGAUGACUUUUGACGAUAAUCUGCGUGGCGACACACCGAUGGGUCUGCUCCGUGGCAUCAAGUAUGGAACUGAGAGCUACCACGUGUUGUUCAAACGGCUAUGCAGCUACGCCGGAUUGCACUGCGUUGUCAUCAAGGGGUACUCGAAGAGUGCCGGCUAUCAGCCUGGCGUAAAGUUCCAAGACUCGAGCCAUCCGAAAAAUUCCAGAUUCCGUAACUCCUGGAACGCUGUCUAUGUGGCCGGCGCUUGGAGGUUUGUACAAUGCAAUUGGGGUGCUCGUCACCUGGUCAAUGCGAAGGAGGUGCCGAAGACGGGAAAGGGAAAGAAUGAUAGCCUUCGGUAUGAGUACGAUGAUCAUUACUUCCUUACCGAUCCGCGAGAGUUUAUCUACGAGUUCUUCCCACUGCAAGACGAGUGGCAGUUGCUGAAGCGACCCAUCACGUUGACCGAAUUUGAAAACCUGCCCUUCGUGCGGUCACUGUUCUUCCGCUACGGUCUCCACUUUGCCGAUGAUGGCUACGGUGCGGUCGUGUACACGGACGACACAGGUGCAGCAACGGUCAGGAUAGCGAUGCCCUCCAAUAUGCAAGGAUGCCUAAUAUUCCACUAUAACCUAAAGUUUUAUGAUAGUGACGAAGACUUGUUCAACGGUGUCUCUUUAAAACGCUUUGUUAUGCAGUCCGUGAUUAGCAACGUGGUGGCAUUCCGUGUGCACGCUCCGUGUUCAGGUGCAUUCCUGCUCGAUAUCUUUGCAAAUGCAGUAACCCCACAAGAAUAUUUGACCGGGGAGCCAAUGAAAUUCAAAAGUGUUUGUAAAUUCAAGAUUUGCUGCGAAGAAUUGCAGACAGUUAUGGUACCCUUACCCGAUUGCGCCAGCGGAGAAUGGGGUCCCACAAAGGCUACUAGGCUAUUCGGACUCAUUCCCAUCACGUACCCGGAACCUCUUAUUUUUGCUGGUCGAGCCAUUGAGCUGCAAUUUCGUAUGUCGAGACCACUUACAGACUUUAUGGCCACAUUGCACAAAAACGGGGUAGAAGAGAAGAAGCUUUCGAAAUAUGUGCAACAAACAAUAGUGGACGAUAUGAUAACGUUUAAUAUAAGCUUCCCAGAAGAAGGACAGUAUGGCUUGGAUAUUUAUACGAGGGAAGUAGGAUCGGUGUCACACAAUAAUAAUUCCUCGAAUGAGAAACAUUUACUCACGCAUUGCUGCAAAUACCUCAUUAACUCUUCCAAAAGAAAUUGACACCGGAACACGCCGGCCCACAAAUACGCAGCAUCUGCUCCAGAAACGGGUCCAUCUAUGCAUGCCAACCAUGUUGUAAUGCUUAUUAAGAUUCUGUACAUAGA